AUGGUGAAUGAGCGCGUCCACAUUUCCGAUCGUUAUUUCAGACCGAGGGCUGGCACAGGUGGUUCUCUCCCGCUAGGCUCCACAGGCCCAUCAGGCUCGAAAACGAGACAACGACAUGGCUCUCGUAUCCAACGAUUUUUACAACGCCUGCGAAUGUGGUUCAUGUUAUCAACCAGAGGAAGACGCACACUUGCCGCUGUUGUUUUUUUCUUCUCGGUGUUGCUCUGCAUAUUCAUACUGGAGCCCCAUAAAGUGUACCCUUCAAACCGAUUUGCAUUGCGCGAGUUCAAUAUACGUCGAUGGGGGGCGGCUAAAGGGGCUGAAGUGUCAUCUGAAGCAGUGAAUGGACCCGCCACGCGAAAGUUUAGAGGUGAGUGCUGCAUCGGCUUCGUGCUAUUAAAACCAUCGCGGCUCAAUGGAAGGAACCAUGCAGACAACCUUCGGAACGAUACUAGCUACAUUACUAGCUGGUCAAAUGCGGGCUUUACAAAUCAAUUCAUGGGCUAUGUUAACAUGAUUUAUCUUGGAUUGCUCACUGACAGAGUUCCUAUUUUGCCUCCAUUUGCUCCUGACCAUCAUAUCUCAAGCUCUGCUGGUAUAAUACCCUUUGGCGACUUAUUUGAUUUAGAUCAUUUAAGAAAGCAGCUUCGAACACCCAUCUUAGAGUGGCGCGACGUGAAGGCUUUGCCAUCGCGCUACUCUGCAGAUCCGUACUCAACGCGUGAAGUCGAACCCCUGGGCUGCUGGACCACGCGCAAAGAAAGCGAAGGGAAUCCUAUACGCGCUGAAAACGUGGUACAUCAUCUCGGACUUGAUGUAUCCUACACCAGGGUUCCAAGCCACACGCGACUCGACCCCUCGAAUCCAGAAGAGACGCACGUCGUAUUCCCGCAUCUCGCCGCUCUAAUUUACCCUAUCGAUCCCAUUGCUGAUCCUGAAAGUUUCCGCACUCUGGCUCCUUCGCCAGGAGGGCACUGGGACACACCUGAAUCACAGCUAUCGUGUUUCGAUACGAUGUACUAUGCAACAUCCGGGGCAAAGGCAUUUGAAUGGCAAUAUUCCUGGUCACCUGUGUGGCGCACUGUCGGGCGACAUGUGCGGUUCACAAGAGAAAUUGAAGACCUUGGAUAUCAAUACCUUUCGAAUGUGUUCGGUCUGGAUGAAGCAGAGGAAGUUCCACCGUUCAUCAUUGUUCACAUCCGGCGGGGUGAUUUCGCGAUGUUCUGCUCGCAUAGUGGACAGGUGGAUUGUUUCCCCCCUCUUUCAACAUACAAAAAGCGCGUCGACGACGUCAAGAUGGAGCUGAUGGAAAGAGACAUUCCUGUUACGAAUGUCGUCGUCGUUUCAGAUGAGAAGUCGCCCCGGUUUUGGGCGAACGUAAAAAAUCAGGAGUGGUUCUACAUCAAUCACACCGCAGAGCGGACCUUGGAGCGUUUCGGCGAGUGGUACCCACCGCUCGUUGACAUCGUGGUACAAAGUUAUGCAUUUGGAUUCGUCGGCACUGAAGACUCUACGUUUAGUCUGGUCGGGCAGCGGAGAGUUGAAGACUGGAAUGGGGGCGUAACGAUGAAUGUUAAGGUGCAGGUAGGAUACUAA